CACAGUGUUUGAACAGAAAACAGGUACCAAAAAAUACAAAACUCUUCCACCCAUCUGCAACAGUGAUGAAGUGGUGGGUCCCUCCUCGAGACCCAGUCGGGCUGAAAGACGAGCCCAGCAGCAGACAGGCCUGCAAAGGAAGAGAUGUCCUGAGCCGCCCCGUCCUACAUUACUCCACCUUGGAGUUUCUGCCCGCUCACACACCCUAAUGGAGUAUCAGGCACAUUUCCCAACUCAGUUCAAUACACAUUACAUUCAGAGGUCAAGGGACCCAAAGCAUUCCCAAUCCACUAAUGAUCAGUGCUUCCAUUGUCCUGCAGACCUGCCCCCUCUCAUCCAUGGUCCUGAGAUAGACAUCAUCACACAUGUACUCACCUCUGCACUUCGAAGUCUUCUAGAUGAUCCUCAGUUCCAGGAGGCUCUGGUAGAGGGCGAUACUGAGCAGGUGCCAUACUUCACACAGCUGCGGCCUGCACCUGCUCUCACCGCACAAACAUCACCCACCUCUGCUGCAGGCCGCCAGGACCCUGGAAAAAUGUCUGAUGUGUCCAGUGCUAUUGUAGCAGACACUAAUACAGGAAUUCCCAGCACUGCAGACACAAUGGAGAAAAGUGAAUGUGACCAGCAGGAUUUUCUGCAGGAGUUUGAAGAAGAGUUAAGGAUGAAAGUGCAGGAGUCCAUUCGCAGGCUGCCUGAGUUUUGUGACCUGGUGGAAGAUGUUUUGCUCAACACUUUACAGAAUCUAAUGAUGGAGGCUUUCUUGGGUGAGCUGGUGCUGACAGCGCGACCCCGAAUCAUUGCUCUUCCACCUUCCUCUUCUAGGAGAAACAGCCUUGGCCCCAACAGAGAGUCCAGUGCUGAAUAUAAGAGGAACAGGGAGUAAUGGCACCAACUUUUGACCAGCCCCAACAUUGCACCUCUGGCCGUACUCUCAAA